UUUUGAGCACCACACAAACACAAUACAAGCAUAUUAUCCACUUGUUUAUCUAAAUUCUUGCUUCUUCUUCUUUUAACGUUUAAUGAAUAGACAAAUUAAUCCGUCGCAAUCGCAACAAAGGACAAGUAGUGAAGUUGCAUUUUAACAGAAAACCACACCGCACGAUCUCAGUUUCACCGAUCAAAUGGCCACCGUAAUCGACGGCAAAGCCGUUGCACAAACUAUCCGAUCUGAAAUCGCCGACGAGGUUCGUCUUCUCUCACAAAAGUACGGCAAGGUUCCUGGACUUGCAGUGGUGAUAGUAGGAAACAGAAAGGACUCUCAAAGCUACGUUGGAAUGAAGAGAAAAGCGUGUGCUGAAUUGGGAAUCAAAUCCUUCGAUAUCGACCUUCCAGAGGAUGCUUCUGAAGCUGAAAUUAUAAAAAAUGUUCACGAAUUGAACGCUAACCCCGAUGUACAUGGUAUAUUGGUUCAACUUCCAUUGCCUAAGCACGUAAAUGAAGAGAAAGUUUUGACUGAAAUCAGCAUUUCAAAGGAUGUAGAUGGCUUCCAUCCUUUGAACAUUGGCAAGCUUGCAAUGAAAGGAAGAGACCCUUUGUUUCUUCCAUGCACUCCCAAGGCAUGUCUUGAACUAUUAUCACGAAGUGGUGUAAGUAUAAAGGGAAAAAAGGCUGUUGUGGUUGGCAGAAGCAACAUAGUUGGAUUACCAGCUUCCUUGCUUCUUUUGAAAGCAGAUGCUACAGUUACCAUUGUUCAUUCACACACAAGUCAACCAGAAAAUAUCAUACGUGAAGCAGAUAUUGUUAUUGCAGCAGCAGGACAGGCAAAGAUGAUCAAGGGAAGCUGGAUAAAACCUGGAGCUGCAGUGAUAGAUGUUGGCACAAAUUCUGUGGAUGACCCAACUAGGAAAUCAGGUUAUAGACUUGUUGGAGAUGUAGAUUUUGAGGAAGCAUCUAAAGUUGCUGGUUGGAUUACUCCUGUUCCUGGUGGUGUGGGUCCAAUGACAGUCACAAUGUUGCUGAAGAAUACUUUGGAGGGCGCUAAACGCACCAUUGAGCAGAAUAACUAAAUAUUCCUUUAGUUUUAAUAAAAAGGAAGUUACUCUUCGUUUGAGAAUCAGUUUUUGCUGAUAGAUUAAUGUAUCUUUAUAAAACCGUAAGAAUUGGUAUUGAAAGUUGGUUUUGGUUCUUCUCGUUCA